ACAGAAACAGUCAUUUGUGUUCCUGAGACCUGAGCUAUGAGUGUGGUCCCCAUUUUUAUUCAGCUUUUUAUCCUCUCCAUCUUCUUACUCUUCAUUGUAGUAAAUAGUAGCGGGAAGGGGAAAGCCUACUUUGUAGAGUUCUGAUAAACCACAGCUAGAGAACCCACCCUGCCCACAAACCAGAGCAGACAUGCUUUUUUAGUUGCAAGAGGAACAAAACACAAAUGGGAUCCUGUUGUUAUAGCCCUUCCCCUUCAAGUUCCCAUCUUUUAGUGACUGACUUCUUCUCUUGGGGUUUCAAGAGCUCCAAGCUUCCAUUUUUGCAAAAAAGAAGGUUUGAUAGGUCCCAAAGAGCUUCAAAAAUUUGUGGUUACCAUGGAUUGAGGACCCCUCCUUAUAAGCUUGAUGCUUUAGAACCAUAUAUGAGUCUGAAGACACUGGAGAUGCAUUGGGGAGGACAUCAUCGAAAUUAUGUAGAAGGGUUGAACAAGCAGUUGGAGAAGAAUGACAUACUAUAUGGCUUCACCAUGGAUGAGCUUGUCAAAGUAACAUAUAAUAACGGAAACCCCUUACCAGAAUUCAACAAUGCUGCCCAGGUUUGGAAUCAUGACUUCUUUUGGGAAAGCAUGCAACCUGGAGGAGGGGACAUGCCCAAACUAGGUGUUCUUCAGCAGAUUGAAAAGGAUUUUGGUUCAUUUACAAAUUUCAGGGAGAAGUUUGUAGAAGCAGCGCUCACACUAUUUGGCUCUGGCUGGGUUUGGCUUGUUUUGAAGAAAGAAGAGAAACGGCUUGCAGUAAUUAAAACAUCAAAUGGCAUUUGCCCACUAGUAUGGGAUGACAUACCAAUCAUCAGUUUAGAUAUGUGGGAGCAUGCUUAUUAUCUGGAUUACAAGAACGACAAAGGGAAGUAUGUGAAUGUGUUUAUGAACCACCUCGUUUCUUGGAAUGCAGCAAUGGCGCGCAUGGCCCGUGCUGAGGCUUUUGUGAAUUUAGGCGAACCCAAAAUUCCCAUUGCUUGAGAUGUUUUUAGACCAAGAAUCUGCAGCUGAAUGGUGUUAUUAUGAUUCACACGCUAUUUUGAGUUAAGAGGUUAGGAGUUCCCGGUGAUCAAAUUAGUUAGGGAUUAUGUUAUCUGCAUGAUAUACUUUGUAAUACCGUUAACAGUGGUUGCCCAGAUGAUACCCUAUACGAUGCCCCAAGUGACUGCAAUGCAACAGAUGCAGAGUUGGAAAAUAAUUGCAUGUUAGGGUAGUUGGUAACCAACUAUACAAUGGUAGUUGGUGUUUCGUUAUGUACUGAUUUUCUUUUGUGUACCCAAAAAGAGAAGGGAAAAUACCGAGGUGCAAUUUUUUUUUU